UGUUUUCUUCACAAACAUUGGCAUUGGCGUUUUCGAUUUUUCUUGCUUGAAUGUGUGCGUUUUAUUUUUCUUCUGAUGGUCCUUCACGCUGUAACAGAAUCAUUAGCUUUCGUGUGGAGUUAUGAUGUGUUUUUGAGUUUCAGAGGAAAGGAUACUCGCUCCAGUUUCACCAGUCAUCUUGACAUGGCCUUGCGUCAAAAAGGAGUCAACGUCUUCAUAGACGACAAGCUCGAAAGGGGUGAGCAAAUUACUGAAACACUUCAGAUCUAUACAGAAGCUUUGAUUCUAUUUGUUAUAUUCUCUCGAAAAUAUGCAUUCUCUUCCUGGUGUUUGGAUGAAUUGGUGAAAAUAAUUGAGUGUAAGAAAUCAAGCCAGAUUGUUUUGCCAAUUUUCUAUAAGGUGAACAUCGGAUAUACGAAACAAACAGGAAGUUUUGGAGAAGCAUUGGCCAAACAUCAGACUAAGUUUAAUCCGAAGAUUCAUUGGAGGGAAGCUUUAACUACUGCUGCUAACUUGUGGUGGGAUCUAGGAACUAGGAAGGAGGCUGAUCUUAUUCGAGAUAUUGUUAAAGAAGUAUUAUCUAUAUUAAAUCACACUUGCACGCCCUUAAAUGUAGCUAAGUAUCCAGUUGGAAUUGAUUCCAAACUAGAAUAUAUGAAGUUUUGCUCGCGUUAUUUUUUUGAGAAGGGAAACAAAUUCCAUUAUCAGACACAACAUAAGUAUGAGUCUGAUACUGGUGUUUACAUGAUGGGGAUAUAUGGCAUUGGAGGCAUUGGUAAGACAACUUUGGCUAAAGCUUUAUACAACAAAAUUGCUAGCCAAUUUGAAGGUUGCUGCUUUCUAUCAAAUGUUAGAGAAGCUUCAAAGCAAUUCAAUGGCCUUGUUCAACUACAGGAAAGCCUACUCUAUGAGAUCUUGAAGGAUGAUUUAAAGGUUGUUAGUCUUGAUAGAGGAAUUAACAUCAUAAGGAAUAGACUGCGUUCAAAGAAAGUUCUUAUAGUUCUCGAUGAUGUGGACAAACUUGAGCAAUUAGAAGCAUUGGUUGGUGGGCAUGAUUGGUUUGGUCAAGGCAGUAGAAUCAUUGCGACGACAAGGAAUAAACAUUUACUUUCCUGUCAUGGCUUUGAUGAAAUGCACAAUACUCGAGAAUUGAAUCAAGACAAAGCUCUUGAGCUUUUUAGUUGGCAUGCUUUCAAGAAAAGUCAUCCAUCGAGUAAUUAUUUAGACCUUUCAGAACGUGCUACAAGUUAUUGUAAAGGCCUUCCUUUGGCUCUCGUUGUUUUGGGUUCUUUCCUUUGUACCAGAGAUCAAGCAGAAUGGAGUAGUAUAUUAGAUGAAUUUGAAAACUCUCUGAACAAAGAUAUCAAAUAUAUUCUUCAAUUAAGUUUUGAUGGGCUCGAAGACAAAGUAAAGGAUAUCUUUCUUGAUAUUUCUUGUUUACUUGUGGGAGAGAAACUUAAGUAUGUUAAGAAUAUGCUGAGCGCAUGCCAUAUCAAUCUAGAUUUUGGAAUUAUCGUACUCAUGGAUUUUUCACUUAUUACAGUUGAAAAUGGCAAAGUGCAAAUGCAUGAUUUAAUACAACAGAUGGGUCAUAAAAUAGUUUAUGGUGAAUCUUCCGAGGCUGGAAAAAGGAGUAGGUUGUGGUUGGAGCAGGACAUUUGGGAGGUGUUUGUUAAUAAUUCAGGAACACAUGCAGUUAAAGCCAUAAAGUUGGACUUGCCUAAUCCCACAAGGCUAGACGUGGAUCCACGAGCUUUUAGAAGCAUGAAAAAUAUAAGAUUGCUUAUUGUUCGAAAUGCAAGAUUUUCUAAAAAGAUUAGGUACUUACCUGAUAGCUUAAAGUGGAUUAAGUGGCAUGGAUUUGCUUAUCGUUCUUUGCCAUCGUGCUUCAUCUCGAAAAAUCUGGUUGGACUAGAUUUGCAACAUAGCUUCAUCAAAAAAUUUGGGAAAAGGCUUAAGGAUUGUGAAAAGUUGAAACAUGUUGAUCUUAGCAACUCUACUUUAUUAGAGCAAAUUCUUGAUAUCUCUGCAGCAUCAAACCUUGAAGAAUUGUAUCUCAGCAACUGCACAAAUUUAAGAGCAAUAGAUAAGUCUGUUUUUUCUCUUCAUAAGCUUACUAUCCUAUGCCUUGAUGGUUGUUCUAACCUUAAAAAGCUUCCAACAAGCUUCUUCAUGUUUAGGUCUCUUAAAUGUUUGAAUCUCUCUUACUGCAAAAAACUUGAGGAAAUUCCAAACUUCUCUGCAGCACCAAACCUUGAGAGUUUGUAUCUCAAAGAAUGCACAAAUUUAAGAAUGCUUAAUGAGUCUAUUGGAUCUUUGGAUAAGCUUGAUACCUUGGUCCUUGUACAAUGCACUAAUCUUACAAAGCUUCCAAGCUAUCUUAAGUUAAAGUCCCUUACUCGUUUAGAACUUCGUGGGUGUCGUAAGCUAAAAAACUUCCCAACAAUUGCUGAAAGCACGAAAUCUUUAUUGUUCUUGGAUUUGGGUUUUACUGCCAUAAAGGAACUACCUUCAUCAAUUGGAUAUCUUACUGAGCUCUGUGAACUAAGACUUGAUGGUUGCACAGACCUCAUCUCCCUUCCCAAUACAAUUUAUUUGUUAAAGAGUCUUAAGGAACUUGAUCUUGGUGGGUGUUCUAGGUUUGAAAUGGUCUCCCAUAAAUGGAACCCAACCAUCCAACCGGUAUGCACUUCCUCAAAAAUGAUGGAAACAACUUCAUGGAGCUCAGAAUUUCCCCAUUUACUAGUUCCAAAGGAAAAUUUAUGUUCUGGGUUCACAUUUUUGGAUCUUCAAUCUUGCAACAUAUCAAAUACCGAUUUUUUGGAAACUUUCUGUAAUGAAGCCCCUUUCUUAUAUGAUAUACGUUUGUCGGGAAACAAAUUCUCUACUUUACCGUCAUGUCUUCAUAAGUUAAUGUUUCUAUGGAAUCUUGAAUUAAGGAAUUGCAAUUUUCUUCAGGAAAUUCCAAACCUUCCCCAAAAUAUACAAAAUUUAGAUGCAAGUGGAUGCGAGUCGCUGGCUAGAAGUCCAAAUAACAUUGUGGAUAUAAUAUCGAAAAAACAGGACCUUACAUUGGGUGAGAUCUCAAGAGAGUUCUUACUAACGGACAUUGAGAUUCCAGAAUGGUUCGGCUAUAAGACUACAACAAAUUUGAUAAGUGCUAGCUUUCGUCACUAUCCAGAUAUGGAAAGAACUUUAGCUGCCUGUGUUAAUUUCAAAGUGAAUGGAGAUUCAUCUAAAAGGGUGGCCCUAGUUUCAUGCAGUAUAUUCAUCUGCAAUAGACUCCAUUGUUCUUUUACAAGACCAUUUCUUCCAUCAAAAUCAGAAUACAUGUGGUUAGUAACAACUUCUCUAGCAUGGGGCUCCAUGGAGGUGCAGGAUUGGAAUAAAGUUUUGGUCCGGUUUGAGGUUCAUGAAGAACAUGUUGAGGUUAAUGUAACUAUAAGAAGCUAUGGUAUCCAUGUCACUGAAGAGCUCCAUGGGAUGCAAACGGAUCUCAAGUGGCCGGUGGUAAAUUAUGCUGAUUUUUAUCAAAUGGAGAAAUUGCAAAAUCUGGAUAUUGAGGAUGUUCUUGUCAAACGCUUUUUUCAAGAAAUUUCGUGCAAGUUAAGUUGCAAAGCAAUGUUGCAUGCAGGAAGUUAUGAUCCAGAAGCAAUAAUCGAUUCCAACAUACAACCUAUGAUUUUUCCGUUGCACGUAACAUAUAAUGGUGCUACAGCGAUAUGUGGAAUGGAAGGCAUGGGAGACACUGCACUCGCCAACUCUUUGUGCAAUAAAUUUAAAUGGUUGAAGGACCACCCUUACAGAGAAGCUUUAGAUAUUCCUACAAGCUUUUUCGAAGUCAAAGGAGGAGAUCCACGUAGCUUAUUCUGGUCUUUCCCCCAUAAGCGUGGAGAUGGUGAAAGAGGAACCAGUCUCAAAAGCCAUACAAUAUCCUCAAAAAGGUAUUUAAUAACCUUUCGAAAUUUGGAUGAUAGAGAAUGUAGUGAUGCAUAUGAAUGGGUCAUUACAGCAAAGCGUAGUUGGAUUAGCAUUCAUCUUGCCGGUUCUGAUUCUUUUGGAAGAAACUAUAGUUUUCUUAUUGAAAGGGUUGAUACAUCCUUAUGGCCGUCGUGAGAUUGAUGUAUCUUCCACUCAACUAUGAAGCUAUUAAUUUUUAUGCAACUUAAACUCUUCGGGAGUUGUAUCAAUUUAAACUCUAAAAUUAAUAAUUGUAUCGAUUUAGAUCUUUUACUUUAAUAGUUUAAAUUUGAAA